AUGUCUGGUGAAAGCGUAGAGGAGAGGACCGUGGAGGUGCUGGACCUUCCUGACGGACUGGACGAGGAGCUGCUGUAUCUCUACUUUGAGAACCGUCGGCGCUCAGGGGGAGGUCUCCUGGAGUCUGUGAAGAAGAAAGACAACCAUGCUGUACUGGUGUUUGAAGAGACGGAAGCUGCAGCCAGAGUUCUGGCUAAGGGACACCACGUUCUGCUCAACACAGAACUUCGUGUCAAAAAGCCCCCCUCAAAGGACCAACGUAAAUUGUUGCUGCGGGGAACCAACCCCGACACGGCCACAGAGAUGAUCGAGCUGUACGUGGAGAACUUGAUGGACCUGAACUUGACAGACUACACACUGAUACCUUCACCAGGGGGAGACGUCAUCGUUAUUCAUCUCAGCCAGCCCCUCGUGUUCAGAUUUGUCCAGUCCUGCAGGUCUCUGUCUGUGGGCCUGUUCAUCUCGUUGGAUUACUGGUGGACCACCAAAGUGGCUCUGCGUGGAAUAGAUGAGCAAGUUUGA